AUGGAGGGAAAACUUAUUUCUGCAGUUGCAGGAGAUGGAGAGAAGCGUGGUAUGUCUGACAUGGAUGACUAUCUAAAGGAACAAAUAUUUAAGAAACUUCCAUUAAUAUCAAUAUUCCAGAUUCGCCUAGUUUGCAAACAAUGGAAUGAGAUUUUGUCCUCGCCCAAAUUUCUGUCUUCGUUGCCCGAGCAGAAUCCAUGGCUUCUCAUAUUCAGUAAAGAUUAUUGUAGGUCUUACUGUUUUUCAACCAAAAAAUGGAGGGGCAUCUCUCUCUCCUUCCUUCCAACUCUUCCGCGAAAUGGUUUUAGAGUCGAUAUGCUAUUGAGUACAGCACUGGGAUUGUUGGGUUUUUUGGAAAGCCCAACUAUCCACAAUGCAGGAUGGUACGAAGAAAACCCAAAACUAUACCUUUGCAAUCCGCUUAUGAGAAUUUAUUCACAAACAGAAAUAAAGGAGGCUAGAAAAGAUAUGUAUAUUGUACAGGGGAGAAGUGUGAAACCAUAUUUAGUAUUGACGAUAGGUAGAACCUAUAAAAAAUUCUUACGAAUAUACCAUUAUUGUCAAGAUGCAUGGAGGAUUAAACAUGAGUUUCCAGUGAAUUUAGACUUUUGCACUGAGGAAAUUGUGGAGUGCAAGGGCUUUCUUUUCUGGAGGACAAGCAGUGAUGCAAUAAUUGAUGGUUUGAGUAUUGAAGUUGGUUGUACCAAACCUGUGAAAAUGGCUCCGUUGCCCUGCCAACUUGUUGAGGAUGAGAAUAAGAGAGAGCGAGCAUUAUUUAAAAGUAUUGUUGCGUAUGGAUCGUCUGUUCUUCUAGUAGUUUUAAGGAACGAAUAUGAGGAUGAGAUAGAGCCGCUUCGUAUGGUUAUUUGGGAGUUGUUUGAAGAUAACUUGCUUUGGAAGUGGAAAGAAUUGGUAAGGAUGUCUGCACACUCCCUCCCUCAAGUUUUUCGUGGAGAUAAGCGGAUCGAGGAGUGCAUUACAGUGGGGGAUUUCUUGUGCCUUCGCAUUCGAGAACCAUAUAGUGACGAGAUCGUUGCAUAUAAUUUAAAGCAGCGAUUUUGGCAAUUUCUUCGUGAAAGCGGACGGAAAAAGUGUACUCAAAUGCUGUCAUUUGACCCCAAACUGAUUUUCCCGGAAUUUUUACCUAUAUUCAGGGAAUGA